AUGCCUCUCUUCCAUCAUCAGACACAAAAUCAACAAACGUCCCCACAUGGUCAACAGCAGCAAACAGGUCGCAAGUCCAUCACGUCGAUCUCACAUGCAAAUAGUGCCCCGUAUGCUAAUCGUAUCAGCGCACGUGAUCAAGGUUUGCCGGUAAAAACAGCUCCCGUGGAACUUCGAACUAAACUAAUCGAUUUUGGUCUUGCAAUCGAACUUCGUAAAAACGAAGAAGUUUUAGCAGAACCUUGUGGUACUCCCCUAUAUAUGGCUCCGGAAGUACUAACCGGGAAGUCCUACACAAGACAGUGUGACGUUUGGAGCCUGGGUAUACUAAUGUAUCAACUACUGGCCAAUAAAGUUCCCUAUACUGCACAAAAUGAAGAGCAGUUGUUGGAACAGUUAUUAGGAUUUGAUGCUGAUGCUACUAUUCACGCACUGGACUUCGUAUCUAUCCCGGCUCAAGAAUGUUUAAUGCGAGUGCUCCAUCCCGAUCCUGCCUAUAGGUAUUCUGCCUCCGAAUUGUUACUUGAUCCGUGGAUAAUGACUUAUUCGAGAAUUCAAGAUGAUUUUUAUGACGUUCCUGAUUUCGUUCGUCGUCCCUCUCAAGAUGGACAAACUGAGAACUCCGGGAGAAUCAGCACCGGACAUGGUCAUUCUGAUAGUUUGCUCAAAAGUAGACCGCCUUCGGUCGGUAUUUCGCAAUCAUUCAGUACUUAUUCUGCAACGAAUGUGCUGGAACUCAUGAAACAGUAUCACAAAGAACUGACGGGAAAUAGACAAGAUACAAGUGAGAAAUUGAACACCAGUGAUACAGCAUGA